AUGAGGUCACCCCGCAGCCUUCUUUUCUCCAGGCUAAAGGAGAAGAGGACUGACGAGGACUUCUUCACAGCCUAAUUGGAUUAAAGUGCUGUGCUAGCGGUAAUCAUAGAGUAACACCGGAUAUAGUGCUACGAUAAGGGUUAAAAAGGCUGAAUGGAAGAGGAUGAGCGUUUUUUUUUGUUUUUUUUUUUUUUGUUCGUUUUCUUUCUUUUAAAAUCCUGAAGAGGAUUCUAAAUCUAGAAGAAGGGAGGUGCGCCUGGAUCUUACUUCUGCUUAUUUGUUCUGCUGACUGCAGCAACCAUCGCACCCCGGUGCUCUUCGUUCCUUCGGCACCGGCUCCCAGGUGUCCGUGAUGGCCCCUCCGGGCUCCUUCGCUCCCCCUGCCGGGCACAGCGGCGGUACCGCUAUGGCACUGCGGAGCGCCGCGGGGCAGGACCGCUCCCGACUCUCCGGAACCUCCUAAGGGAACCCGGGCUCGAAAAUCGCGGUCGCUAAAAGCAGCGUAUUAUGGGAUGUUCGUUACGCUCCGCAGCCACCCCCUGCGCGCCGCGCGCGCUGUCACUUGUAAGGGGCUGAGGAGCGCCGGGCGCGGCGCCGCGCCUCCCGCACGCAGCCGUGCCCCGGGAACGGCGGGCAGAGCCGCGCCGCCGGGCCGCUCCGCUCAACGGCUCUCCGGAGGAACGCGCAUGGCGGCGGCCCCGGGGAGACCCGGCCCCGAGCUCGGCUCCGACCGCGGCACCUCCUGCGGCCGUCCGGCGCCGCCGAGCGCCCCGCACCGCUUCGUGCCGGCGGCGGCGGCGGGAGCGUGGUGCGACCUCUGCUGCCGCUUCGUCGUCUCGCAGGGCCUGCGCUGCGCGGAUUGCAAAUACACAUGCCAUGCUCACUGCCGAGAUCUGGUGCACCUGGGCUGCCGGCGGAAUGGGAAAUUAAUGGACUGCCUCACUGCACAUGGCACCUUACAUGGAUCUGACGGCGAUGGUCAGGUUUGGCUGCCCGAGGCAGGUGGCUGGAGCAGAACAGAUGUGUGCUGGGGUGAGAACCUGCAGCCUGGGCUGCCUAUUAGGCUGUCAGCUGUGCCGUGGAGCACCUGGCAGUGAGAUGGGUGACCCAGGUGUUGUGUGCUGCUGAAUGGAGUGCUGUGGGACUGUGAAUGGAGCUAAGGGCUUGGCUGUUUGUGACCACUAAAUGAUGCUUCUGGUUUUGACUGGGUUUGGUGUAGUUUUAUCAUGCCUCUGCCAGUAAUUUCACAUUUCCUGAAAUUCCCCAGCAGCUUCAGUUUGUUGCAAUGUACUCCCCUCACUUAGACCACCACAUUGCUUCUCACCUUGUAUUUCACCCUCAGUGUCAGCGCCUUCUCCCUGCCCCUCCUUCCUCAGUGGAAGCAUCAAAGCAGCACAUGACUGCAGGAAGGUAGGGAUCCUCCAUGAAGGAGCUUCACGCAGUGAUAAAGAACCAUACAUACCGUUAGUGCUCUGGUAGAAGUUGCAUUGUGCUAAUUAGCUCUUGCCUUUAUCCAUUUCCAGAUAAUUUACCUUUUGUCAUCCA